AUGUCCACAGAGAUCGUCUCUUCCUUCGGCACCACACGAUUCUCCUUUCAAGGAAGAAACGCUCGUUCCCUGAUUCGCAAGAUCGAGAUCUUCCUCGUGUUAUUCGAAUCCCUAACGGAAUCGGGCUGGGGCUCGACCCCUUCCUCAUCAUCCUCGACUGCGUUGCUGUGCCUCAAGGAGCUCUACCUCCUCCUCUACAGAUCCUCCUCGACUACUGCGCUCUGGCUAAUCCUCCAAACUCAAUCCACGAUCUCAACCAAGAGAUCUCGACUCUCCUCGACGUCUUCCCCGUCAACGAUCUCAGCCUCAGCGAGGACGUCAGAGAGCCAAUCGAGGAGAUCGAGAUUGGAACAUGUACAAAAAAAAAGAGAGAAUGAUUCUACUGGUAGAAUCUCAUUUAGCUGCGUAGUGAUUCUGUUGUCACGGAAAAUAAAUUGCCGCCUGCUGCUUCGAGCGAGGGAAUAUCAUCAUCACAGCCUGCUUCUGGACAUCAAAGUCCAUGGUUUGGAGCUCCAGGCCAGAUGUCUAUGGCUGACAUUGUUAAGAGGGGUAGACCACAGAACAAGACAACGAAAUGUCAAUGUGCGUUCUGAGAUUGAUCACGAGCAUGAAGCUAAUGCAAAUCAUCAAGUCCCUGUUAAAGAUGAAUGGCCCUCGAUUGAGAAGCCACUGCCUCCUAUCACAGCUUCUGUGUCAGUAGCACCACCAGCAGAGUCAGAGGUAUGCGGUGGUACAGCUGAUUUGCAAUCUGAGAGAGUAGAUCAACAUCUGAGGGACCGGUUAGAAAAUAUUCAUAUAGCAGAAAGUGGCCCUUCUGAAGAUCUUGGAGUCGAUCAUGUGCAUCCUGGCUUGGUUGGAAAUGUCCAAGAAGAGGACUCAGUAGUUUCUUCUGAAUCUAAUGAUAAUCAGUACACUUAUGAGACGCAGAGCCAUCCUGUGGAGCACCACAAAGAUGAAGAUGAGGUUUCAUCUGGUUCAGCAGACUUUCAAGAACUAACCGUAGAAAGACAUGAUCAAGAAGCCUCGCAUGAAGAGGAUAGACCUGCUGUUGUUAUUCCCAAACAUUUGCUAAUACAUACAGAAGAGUGCUCGCAAUUGAGUUUUGGAGGUUUUGGAUCAAGGCCUUUGAGCAACAAUGCAGAAGAGACUCCUGAUGAAGCUCCACAUAAGGAACAUUCAGAUGCUAGAAAUGCUGAAUUCUAUGGAGAUGAACGUCUUGGAAGCAAUACAGUUGACGGAAGUAUGGGCCACGCACCUGCAGCUGGAAAUUAUGACGAUUCUUUGGAAUCUAGGCGAGAGGUUCUGAAGCAAGAAAACCCUGAGACUGUUCAAGAGAACCAGUACACAUAUGCACACUCCGAACCAGAGUAUGCUAAGCAGCAGCAACUGAAUACUGCAUAUGAUGCGUCACAGACUAAUGCUCAGAAUCAGAUGCAGAAUCUUGCUUCGUUAUCAAAUGUUGAUGGGAUAUCCACACUCAGAUCCCAACAGUUUAUUGGCACAAACAGCACAAAACGCGAGGGAGCUUGAUUUACAGUAUUCCGCCUUUGCUCAAUCUGUGCAGCGAGAAUCCUUCACUUGGUGGCCAGAGCAUUUCCAUGC